GUUUUAGUUCACUUUGCAUCAAAGUAGAAUCAAAAUGCAAGGGAAAUAUUCAGCGAUAGUGCUUUUACUCUGCCUGCUGAACUGCGUGCAGGGCUUGCGCGUGAAUUUGACCAUGUUCAGUAACUGCCAAGACAUGGAUCUUCCGUACGGUAACAUACCAGUUGCGCUGACCAAGGUUACGUACGACCGAGAUGCUGAUGGAAUAUGCAACACAAUGCAUGCUGAGUAUCACAUUGCAACACCUAGCGAAGACAUCGAGUGGGAGCUGAUCAUUACCAGCUACAAGUGCCCGUUGGGUAUUGAUGGUAUCUGUCUGGAUAACCCCCAGGAGUACAAGGAACCAAUGCACUGUGACAGAUUCCACUCGGACGAUACAGGGCCCUGGUUCAUGUUGGCCAGUGCCAUGAGUAACGGAGAUCGUUGCGGACGGUUAGAGGGUACCUACAAUCUUGAUGCAGCUGUACUGAAAAUUGAUUACCUCCACCGAUACCUUGAACUUGGCAAAGGAACAUACAGGGUGCGCAUGAUGUUCCACGUGCUCAAUACCGAUAUGGCCGUGAAAAACGUGAAAGGAUGCGUUGAAAUGGAUUUUACUGUGGUUGACUAGGUCGCCGAUACUGGGAAAGGGUUUCGUCGCUAUACGUGAUACAAUGUUAUUCUAGGGCUUAUUUACAGGAUCAGUAUUGCAGUUGUUAACUUCAUUUUAUGGAUAACUAUUAGAAAUAAUAAAUUAAAUGGCAAAUUAUA